AUGAAACCGAUCUACUAUCUAUCAAAGGUUACUGGGUUGUGGCCAUAUUCGCUCUUGCGUUCAUCACCCGGCGUGACAGUACUUGAUAUUGCGUAUAUGAUAUUAGUGAUCGGAAUGUACGUGUUUUGUCUUCUUGUGAACACUAAUGCUAAGCUGUGGGACUACUAUAUGAAACCAUUUGAAUCAAACAUCUUGCGGUACGGUCUGCAAACGCAUCUGGUCAAUGGGUUGUUCUUAGGCGUUAUAGUAUGCUUUAUCAACGUUGUACAGUACAGGAAAAAAUGGGAAUACAUGGAGCUACUGGACAACAUCACAAAGGUUGUUGAACAAGAGUUUCACGUCAAGAAUCCUGUUCAAGUGGUUCAAAUGUUUAUAAGCGUCAUCAUAUUGGCAGAGAAUGGAUACCUAUGGUUGGUGCUUAUAGGAUACUACUACCUUAUAGAUCGAACAUUAGAGAUCAAUACAACCUAUCUCUAUGCGUCAUACUACUUGAUGAACAUCUCCCUGUUAUCGCUUAUAAACGAAUUCGUUAGCGAGCUAAAAAUCGACAACAAUUCCAGCACAACAGCGAUGGUGCAAAUGGUCAAUCGCCUAUCUGUACUACAUUUCCAUUUGUGUGACGCCAUACGGUUGGUAAACCGAAUUUGUUCAUUCCAAUUAAUGUUGCAUUUUGGGGCAAUGUUUGUAUUUCUCGUGUUCGGGCUAUUCACAAUCUAUAAAGCAUUUAAUUCCAACACAUGGGCUUUCAAGAUCAUGGCGAUGGCCAACGGGUCUUGGAUUGGAUUCUACUUGCUGGCAAUCUUAGUUGUAAUUAAUGCGACCUCUGCGGCCCAAUCAAGUGGCCAAUUAAUGGGUGACAUCGUCCAUGAGAUUAUUCGAAAACAACAGAAUACUUUUUCCACCGAGGUGAUUGAGAGGCUUUCAAUUCUCUCUCUGCAAGUAAAAAUGCGAGACAUGUCCUUUUCAUGCGGUUUAUUUUAUUUCGAUUGGAAUCUUUUGGGAUCGAUGCUCGCAGCCCUAGCGAUGUAUUUGGUUUUUCUUAUUCAAUUCGACGUUUCACCUCCCGUUGGACUUGCUUCAUCUAAUUUUACGAUACCUUCGAUAGAAAUAAUUCAAUUUGAAAGGGAUUGA